AUGUCUAAUUCAAAAAAUCAAGAAACAAAUAUCAAUCGCCGUAUAUUUCAGUGUACAAGAUGUACCUCGAGUUUUUCUCAACAAAAAGCUUACCAUGAACACUUGCGUAGUCACAUGCCUAUGCCUAGAAACAGUGUACAGAGUGAAGCAGCUGGUAAUGCGGCAGCCGACGAAACCGCUCGAUACAUAGCCGAGCGUAGAAAAAAUUAUCCAACGGCAGAUAAUAUCAGUAAGAAAAUCAAAUCCGAAGAAGAACGACAAGAACGUGGUGAUAUACUAGAAACGCGCCAAUUUGGACGAAUGAAAGAGCGAAAAACUAUACCGAACAGAAAUCUCGAUGCUGAACCAGCAGCGCCAGUGAUCACAACUACUUUAACUAAUAAUCCUAACGCAACGUUAUUGGAACGCCUCUUAGCAUCAGACAUUCGUCGUGAACGCAACAUGGUUCUUCAAUGUAUUCGGCACAUUGUGAAUAAUAAUUUCUACGGAAUGGAUAAUCAAUAG